GAUUUGUUUGAAAACCAAAAGAAGCGUAAUAAUAUUAAAUUGUACGUACGCCGUGUCUUUAUCAUGGACAACUGCGAAGAUCUCAUUCCCGAAUAUUUGAAUUUCAUCAAAGGUGUUGUUGAUUCUGAGGAUUUGCCAUUGAACAUUUCUCGUGAAAUGUUGCAGCAAAAUAAAGUCCUAAAAGUUAUUCGUAAGAAUCUCGUUAAGAAAACCAUGGAACUAAUUGAGGAACUUGCUGAAGAUAAGGAGCUUUACAAAAAGUUUUAUAAUCAAUUCAAUAAAAACCUCAAAUUAGGUGUUCACGAAGAUAGUAGCAAUCGUGCCAAAAUAGCCGAUUUCUUACGCUUCCACACCUCGGCUUCUGGCGAUGAGUUCUGUUCACUAGCUGAUUAUGUGUCACGUAUGCAGGAUAUUCAAAAAUAUAUCUACUUCAUCACUGGUGAAUCCAAAGAACAAGUGGCUGAUUCGGCUUUCGUUGAACGAGUUAAAGCGCGUGGUUUUGAGGUAGUAUACAUGACCGACCCAAUUGAUGAGUAUAUAAUCCAGCAUUUGAAAGAAUAUAAGGGCAAGCAGUUGGUGUCUGUAACCAAAGAAGGCUUGGAAUUACCAGAGAAUGAAGCUGAAAAGAAGAAACGUGAAGAAGAUAAAGCUAGAUUGGAAAAUUUGUGCAAGCUUAUGAAAUCGAUACUUGACAGCAAGAUAGACAAAGUCACUGUGUCAAAUCGUUUAGUUGAAUCGCCAUGCUGUAUUGUCACCUCUCAAUACGGCUGGUCAGCCAAUAUGGAACGUAUUAUGAAAGCCCAGGCUUUGCGUGAUACCUCUACCAUGGGCUACAUGUCUGGCAAGAAGCAUUUAGAAAUCAAUCCUGAUCAUCCCAUUAUCGAGAUAUUACGACAAAAAGCUGAAAUCGAUAAAAAUGAUAAAGCUGUGAAAGAUUUGGUCAUUUUGUUGUUCGAAACUUCUCUACUGUCAUCUGGCUUCUCCCUGCAAAGCCCUCAAACCCAUGCCAGCCGCAUUUAUCGUAUGAUAAAGCUUGGCCUUGGCAUUGACGACGAUGAACCAAUAGCUACUGAAGAUGCUCAAAGUGUCGGUGAUUCUCCGCCGUUAAUGGAUGACACUGAGGACGCAUCCCAUAUGGAGGAAGUUGAUUAAAUUCUUUAUUCGAUGGAAAUAAAAUUCGAAAAAAACUACAAUUUCUUGCUUUUCCUUUUGCGCUUCUUUUACUAAAACCUGUUUACUACUAACAAUAUUUUUGAGAGUCUGUUGAUAG